AACACCCAGCGACAGUGAGAAGACCAAACCCAGUUCAAACGCACAAGUGCUCAGUUUGGAAGAUGUGCGUAGAAGAAAUGAUUUUAAUGAAUAUUAUAGAUUGUAUUACAGGGGAGGGCCGACCUAAGAAUAGUGUUAAAUACUUUUUCUAUUCAGUACCCUGUUUGAUCGCACCUUCACAUAGUUUUGGAAGAAUGGUAACAAGAUCUAGACAUAUAGUAUAGCCUUAGAUAAGUGUUAAUAUCUAAUCCUAUAGUAGGCCCGGCCUUGCAAUGAAGGUCAGUAACAAAAAUAAGAACGGCCUUGAAACUGGUAACGAUGUCAAUGCCAGCAAUCCAUAUAAGACAUGCGGAUAUAGGACGCUAUGUAUGCAGGCUACGAUGUUACUAUAGAGACAGUUUAGCAUCAAAUCUUAGAUUUAAGCUGGCAAAUGGCUGACUAGAGCAUCUUGUACUGCGCGGUAAUUCAUAGAGACAACGGAAAGAAAAAAGUAUGUGACACUGAAUUAUGCCUAAUCUCUUCGGACUACUGAGCAAAGAUGAUACAACGGUAUUCCACCCAUCCAUAUUGACUGCGCAUUUGACGUAGUGACGUAUACGACGUCCCAACGAUCCAGUGGAGACGUCCGGAUUUGUUCCAUCUAUAUGCUUCGCUGACAACCAAAAUUUCUUCAUAAAAACUGUCAUACCUCUCUUUGUCAUUUGUUACAGUAGUCUUCAGAGUCAGCGACGGCAUCCGACAACUGACUUUUCGUAUUGUCGAGCUCCGCGCUGAUGGCCAUAAUUUCCUCCACUUCAGCCUGACGAGAAACUGCCGAUUGCUCGACCUUUUUUUCGAGCUGCUUGAUCGUAGCUUUUGACUCCUCAU